UUUGGUAUGUUACAUAACCUCAUAGAAGGUAUAAAUAUGUCUGGCUGCCAGCUGUGAUGAUACAGACAAGAUGAAGUUUGUGCUUCUUGCUCUCUUUGUUGUUGGCGCCUACGGGUGCGGUUUGCCCACCUUCUCCCCUGCGGUGACCAGGGUGGUUGGAGGAGAGGAUGUCAGGCCCCACAGCUGGCCCUGGCAGAUUUCUCUGCAGUACAACAGACAGGGAGAGUGGAGACACACCUGUGGAGGUACUCUGAUCUCUGACCAGUGGGUCCUUACGGCUGCUCACUGUAUCAGCUCUGGCAGGGAGUACAGAGUGGCCAUGGGAAAGCACAACCUGGUAGAGACCGAGGAGGAGGCUGUGUUCAUGGGCACUGCUAACAUUGUUGUUCAUGAGAAGUGGAACCCCUUGUUCAUCCGUAAUGACAUCGCCCUGAUCAAGCUGGAGUCCCCCGUCACCUUCUCUGACAGCAUCAUGGCAGCUUGUGUCCCUGCUGCUGGUGUCAUCCUCCCUCACAAUGAGUCCUGCUACGUCACUGGAUGGGGUCGCCUCUACACUGGAGGUCCCAUCGCUGACAUCCUGCAGCAGGCUCUCCUGCCUGUGGUGGACUAUGCUACCUGCAGCAAAUCCGACUGGUGGGGAUUCCAGGUGAAGGACACCAUGGUCUGUGCAGGAGGAGAUGGAGUUGUGUCUGGAUGCAACGGUGACUCCGGUGGCCCUCUGAACUGUCAGAACAGCGAUGGAGCCUGGGAAGUUCACGGCAUCGUCAGCUUUGGCUCCGGGCUCAAAUGCAAUCUCUACAAGAAGCCCACAGUCUUCACUCAAGUCAGCUCCUACGCAGACUGGAUCAGUUCUAAAAUGGUGACCUAUUGAGAAAUCAGACUUGGAAGAUCAAUGCCAAUAUGUGCACAUGUAAAAUAAAUAAAAUAUAAAAACUACAAAUAAAAAAGUCUUUUUUCAUGA